GGGUGAGGCGGCCACUUCCGCCCGGUGGGUAUUGCGAGGCGCACCAGGGAGGCUGGGCCUGCAGAGAAAGAUGGAUUUAGUGCAGGUUCUGAGGCGGGGGCUGCAGCAGAUCAGCGGCCACGGUGGUCUCCGCGGCUAUCUCCGGGUGUUAUUCAGGGCAAACGAUAUCAGGGUUGGUAAAUUAGUUGGGGAAGACAAAUACGGAAACAAAUACUAUGAAGACAACAAGCAGUUUUUUGGCCGUCACCGAUGGGUUAUUUAUACUACUGAAAUGAAUGGCAAGAACACAUUCUGGGAUGUGGAUGGAAGCAUGGUGCCCCCCGAAUGGCAUCGUUGGCUUCACUGCAUGACUGAUGAUCCUCCAACAACAAAACCACCUACUGCUCGUAAAUUCAUUUGGGCAAACCAUAAGUUCAAUGUGAGUGGCACUCCAGAGCAAUAUGUACCUUACUCCACCACUAGAAAGAAGAUUCAGGAGUGGGUCCCACCUUCAACACCUUACAAGUAAAGGAAAUGAAAAAUUGUUUAAACAUGUAAAAUAUGGUCUUUUCAUGUAAUUGCACUUCUACUGCUUACCAUUAACUUGAUAAAAAUUGUUUGACCAAA